UGAAAACAAAAAAACCAAUUCCCGAUCUCAGAGAGAGAGAGAGAGAGCAAUGGAGGGCGGUGGCGGAGAAGAGAGCUUGAGAUCGGAGGAGAUGGAGAUUGCCGGAGCUCCGGCAAACCUAAUGGAGGAGGAGUACGAGCAGCUAAAGCCCACGAUCGAAGCUCACCAUCAGUAUCGCGUAGGCCCUGGGCGUUGCUCCUCACUACUCACCCAACGAGUUCGUUCCCCGGCCUCCGCCGUCUGGGCUGUGCUUCGUCGCUUCGAUCGGCCUCAGGUCUACAAGCACUUCGUCCGUAGCUGCUCCGUUGCCGUCGAGGCGGAUGAGAUCACCGUCGGCUGCCUCCGAGAAGUCAGCGUCAUCUCUGGCCUCCCGGCGAGCACCAGCACCGAACGCCUCGAUAUCCUAGAUGAUGAUAACCUCGUCUUCGGCUUCUCGAUCGUUGGCGGAGAGCAUCGUCUUCGGAACUACCGAUCAGUGACGACGGUGACCGAGUUCCGUGGAGAUGCCGGCGAGAUCUGGUCCGUUGUUUUGGAAUCGUACGCUGUGGAUGUGCCGGAUGGGAACACGGAGGAGGAUACGAGAUUGUUCGCUGACACUGUUGUGAGGCUCAAUCUACAGAAGCUGGCUUCCGUAGCGGAGACGGCGGUGGUGGCGGCGGCGGAGGCGGCGCCGGCGGAGAAAUGAGGCUGAGCCGUCGUGGAGAAGAAGAAGAAGAGCUUCAAACCGGAAUAUUGGAAUGCACAGUGAUUAAAAAAGGGACGAAGAUUUGGGAUCAUUAAAAGCUCAAAUUGUUUCCAUUUUUUUCUUAAAAAAGAAAGAAAUGUUUCAUUUUGAUAUGGAGUCUUCCAAGUACUUGGCUCCAUUUAGUAUCUGUUUUUUUUAAUCCUUUGCAUCAACUCAUUA